AUGGCGACGGAGUACGGGUUCAACAGGUGCAUCUUUUGUCAAAGCAACGCCACUGGAAACCAAAUGUCGGAGCUGCCGACUGAGAUGUCCUACUUACUCUUCGUUUCGUCCAUUCUCACUUCCGUGACCGUGAUCACGUUCUACUGCUGCAAACGAUGGAGAAACGUGGCCGCGAAUCCUCAUUUCGGCAAUGGAGCGGUGGAGCGGACCGACGUCGAGGACGGAAUCGACGAGGCGACGCUGAUGAGCUACCCGAAGGUGACGUACUCGCAGGCUAAGCUGGAGGAGAAGGGCGCCACCGCGACGUGCUGUUCCAUAUGCUUGGGCGACUACAAGGACACCGACGUGCUACGGCUGCUGCCGCAGUGCGGGCACCUCUUCCACCUCGUCUGUGUCGACCCGUGGUUGAGGUCGCACAGGUCCUGCCCCAAUUGUCGCUCCUUGCCGGCGCCCGGCCCCGUGGCCACGCCUCUAGCGGUCGUGUCAUGA